AUGGGAAAACUUGAAGAAAACUUAGAAAAGGCCAUUUUAUUAUAUAAGGAUGAAAGAGUGUGGGAGUACGGCUUUAUAUGUGUAUAUAAUCAAAAUCCACUAAUAUUAGAAAUACAAAGAAGAGCAGCAUGCAUUAAAUACUUUGCAAAUAGUUUUAACGACUUAAAUAUAAAUAGAGUUGAAAUUAAUUCAGAUUUUUAUAAUAAAAAAUAUGAGGACUUUUUUCAUGAAUUCAAGUUGAAUAUUCUUCAAAGUGAAGUAAAAGAAGAAUUCUAUUCCGAAAAUGAUACAGAGAGCAAUAAUUCAUUCAAAUCUUUAAACAGCCAAUUUGAAUCACUAAACAAUGUUGAUGAAUUGGAGAUUAAAAGUGACUGCUAUUUUGAUGAUAAAGGAAAUUUAUUUGAUGAUAAGGAGUACGAGGAAUGUACCGGAUUAAUAACAAAAACAAAACCAAGAGAAUGGCAAUAUAUUAUUCAAAAGAAUCCUUUUGACUUGUGGUACAGAAGCUACGAGAAUUCUUCAAUUAUUGAAAUAUGUUUUCAAGGGUUUAUUAAAACCAACAUUUUUAAUGUUCUUUCUGUAUUUUACGAAAGAGAUUUAUAUAAGGAUUGGAUUCCAUAUUAUACUUUCCCAAUUAAAUUUGGACUUAAUUCUAUUAAAGAAAUACUACACAAGGACAGAAUACAUUUAGUCACUGCAAUAUAUAUAGACAUCCCAUGGCCAUUUGCUAAUAGAGAGAUUAUUUUGGAAAUUUGGGUUAGUAACGAAAUUAUUCCUAAUAACAGAAUAUUUAUUCAUGCAUCAUCUAUUGAGAAUCACGGAUACCAUCCGAGAUUAAAAGUUGAAAUUCCAUAUUCUUUGGGAUAUUCAAAUAGAGCCAAAAUUUCUGGAGGAGGAUUUGUAAGUCCCCAUGGUGAUGAUUUGACCCAUUUAAUUUUCAAAUGGAAAAUUGAUUUGCUUUUUGAACCGCCUAAAGUACUACUCAACUUCUUCUUAAGAAACUUCAUUAAGGCUUGUUGGGAUAAAUUUAAUAAUGUCUGUAUUCAUGUCGAUGAACCUAAUUCUCUACAUAAAGAAAGACUCACCACCAACAAAGAUUUAUAUGAUUUUAUUAGAACUAAGAUCAACGAGAGAAACAGAAUUGAGCUCAAAAAUACCAACGAUUCAGCUUUUAAUUAA